AUGGUGAUGGAGGACAACGAGAGUUGCGGUAGUCGAGUCAUUAGCGACGCCUUACCCGCGUCGCAGGCUGCCAUGGACCGACGGGAGCGCAUGAAACUCGAGGUUUUCGUUGAGGUUCUCCGCCGCCUCCGCCAAUCUGACAUGAUAGACACGGAUCGGCCUGGUUUCGAGGACGAGCUCUGGACUCACUUCAAUCGCCUCCCCGCUCGGUAUGCUUUGGAUGUGAAUGUAGAGAGGGCAGAAGACGUGCUCAUGCACAAGAGGUUGCUGCAGUCAGCUCAUGAUCCAGAAAACAGGCCAUCAAUCGAAGUUCGUCUCGUGCAGGUUCAACCUGCGGGGAUCUCUGCUGACCCGUCUACCUUGGAUUCUAUUACUUUCGAAGCUGAUCAAACGUCUCCCACACUCUCUACCAAGAAAAGCAUUCAUCCGCCCCCUGCCUUUGGUUCGUCCCCCAAUCUCGAAGCACUUGCACUUGCAGCCAGUAGAUCCCAGGACGAGGAUGGAGACAACUCUGUGCGAAACAAUUCACUUUAUUCACGGCCCUUGCACGAGAUUACUUUUUCCACAGAAGACAAGCCUAAACUCCUUUUUCAGUUAACUGCAUUGCUUGCUGAGCUUGGGCUCAACAUUCAAGAGGCCCAUGCUUUUUCUACAACUGAUGGCUUCUCACUAGAUGUUUUUGUUGUUGAUGGUUGGCCGUAUGAGGAAAUAGACAGACUUAGGAUAGCAUUGGAGAAAGAAGCAGCGAAGAUCGAGCUGCAGAACCAAAGCUGGCCUAUGCAGCAAUCUUUCUCCCCUGAAAAGGAAGACGGGCUAACGGGUGUCAGAGCGGCGAAAGAUCAUGUGGCAAUACCCAAUGAUGGAACAGAUGUUUGGGAGAUCAACCUUAAACACUUAAAAUUUGGGCUUAAAAUAGCAUCUGGUUCUUAUGGAGAUCUGUAUAAAGGUACAUAUUGUAGCCAGGAAGUUGCUAUCAAAGUUCUCAAGCCAGAGCGUCUAGAUUCUGAGCUAGAGAAGGAGUUUGCCCAAGAAGUCUUUAUUAUGCGGAAAGUUCGGCACAAGAACGUUGUUCAGUUCAUUGGUGCUUGCACAAAGCCUCCACAUCUGUGUAUUGUUACGGAAUUCAUGCCCGGUGGAAGUGUAUAUGACUAUCUGCACAAGCAAAAGGGAGUCUUUAAACUUCCAGCUUUGUUUAAAGUAGCAAUAGAUAUUUGCAAAGGGAUGAACUACUUGCACCAAAACAACAUAAUUCACAGAGAUUUGAAAGCUGCAAACCUUUUAAUGGACGAAAAUGAGGUGGUAAAGGUUGCAGACUUUGGGGUAGCCAGAGUGAAAGCACAGACUGGAGUUAUGACAGCAGAAACUGGAACAUAUCGUUGGAUGGCUCCAGAGGUGAUAGAACACAAACCAUAUGAUCACAAGGCUGAUGUAUUCAGCUAUGGAAUAGUGCUAUGGGAGUUGUUGACUGGCAAGCUUCCAUAUGAAUACAUGACGCCAUUGCAGGCAGCAGUAGGGGUGGUCCAAAAGGGAUUACGGCCAACAAUACCGAAGAACACACAUCCGAAGAUGGCAGAGCUGUUGGAGAGACUGUGGGAGAAGGAUCCGACGCUGAGACCGGACUUCUCAGAGAUAACGGAGCAGCUGCAACAGAUAGCCAAGGAAGUAGGAGAAGAGGGGGAAGAGAAGAAGAAAGCAACAACAGGAGGAGGUAUCUUUGCGGCCCUGAGGAGAAGCGCCACACAUCAUCAUUGA